UCUCGAGUGGACUUUCGCGUCGGUCUCAUCACCGAGGCCAAGAUGCACCCCGAUGCUGAUGCUCUUUACGUUGAGACCAUCGAGGCUGGUGACGCCGAGCCACGCACCAUCAUCUCGGGUCUGGCCAAAUACGUGCCUCUAGAGGAGAUGCAGAACCGCUUGGUCGUCAUUUGUGCCAACCUCAAGCCCCGCAAAAUGCGUGGCAUUGAAUCGCAGGGCAUGGUCAUGUGUGCCAGCACACCGGAGAAGGUGGUGCCCAUUGCGCCACCGGCUGGCAGCAAGCCAGGCGACCCCGUUGUAUUUGAAGGCUUUGCUCGUAACCCCGAUGCCGUGAUGAAUCCCAAGAAGAAGAUUUACGAAGCGGUGGCGCCUGACCUUGCCACCAACGCUGAGGGUAUCGCCACCUUCAAGGGCAUUCCGUUUGUCGUCGAGGGCAAGGGUCCUUGUGUUGGUGGCCUGGCCAAUGUCAAGGUGGCGUAA